GAGAUGGCGUGGGAUAGAGUCAAGUUUAGUUGAUUUUAUUGCGAUUUAUUGUUGAUAUUUUGUACUUUUAACAAAUUGAUUGUCGUAUCAAUUAUUCAUAACUUCUUUUCAUUGAUUAGUAGAAUUUUCAAAUUUUGAAAAAGAUGUCUUCAAAACUUCCCUAUAAAAUUGCUGACAUAUCUCUGGCAGAAUGGGGUAGAAAAGAGAUAACUCUAGCAGAAAAUGAAAUGCCUGGUCUUAUGGCAAUAAGACGAAAAUAUGGUCCAUCUAAAGUAUUGCAAGGAGCUCGUAUUGCUGGUUGCCUUCAUAUGACUGUGCAAACUGCUGUUCUUAUUGAAACUUUAAUAGAGCUUGGAGCAAAGGUACAAUGGUCAUCUUGUAACAUCUUUAGUACACAAGAUCAUGCAGCUGCUGCUAUAGCAAGAGCUGGAGUACCUGUUUAUGCAUGGAAGGGUGAAACAGAUGAAGAGUAUCUAUGGUGUAUAGAACAAACCUUGAUAUUUGAUGAUGAUAAACCUUUAAAUCUAAUCCUUGACGAUGGUGGUGAUCUUACAAAUCUUGUACAUACUAAGUUUCCACAGUACUUAAAAGAUUGUCGGGGUAUAUCAGAGGAAACUACAACUGGAGUACAUAAUCUUUAUCGUAUGAUGAAGGAAGGAACCCUCAAGGUGCCUGCAAUAAAUGUUAAUGAUUCUGUUACAAAGAGCAAAUUUGAUAAUCUAUAUGGAUGUAGAGAAUCUUUAAUUGAUGGUAUCAAAAGAGCAACUGAUAUCAUGAUUGCUGGAAAAGUGUGCGUGGUAGCAGGAUACGGAGAUGUUGGUAAGGGAUGUGCACAAAGUCUUAGAGCAUUAGGUGGCCGCGUUGUUAUUACAGAAAUAGAUCCCAUAAAUGCAUUACAAGCAGCCAUGGAAGGAUAUCAAGUAACUACAAUGACACAAGCAUCAACAAUAGGUCAGAUUUUUGUCACUACUACAGGAUGUAAAGAUAUAAUUUUAGGUGAACACUUUUUAAACAUGUCAAAUGAUGCUAUUGUUUGUAAUAUUGGACAUUUUGAUUGUGAAAUAGAUGUUGCAUGGUUAGAAAAGAAUGCAGUCAGUAAAAUCAAUAUUAAGCCUCAAGUGGACAGAUAUACUUUGAAAAACAAUAGACAUAUCAUUUUACUCGCAGAAGGUCGUUUAGUUAAUUUGGGAUGUGCCACGGGACAUUCUAGUUUUGUCAUGAGUAAUUCUUUUACAAAUCAAGUAUUAGCGCAGAUUGAAUUAUGGAGUAAAUCUGGAUCAUAUGCCAUAGGCGUUCAUAUGUUACCAAAGAAAUUAGAUGAAGAAGUUGCAGCAUUACAUCUCAAUCACCUUGGUGUAAUGUUAACCAAGUUGACAGCAGAACAAUCUAAAUAUCUUGAUAUUCCUGUAGAAGGUCCUUAUAAGCCCAAUCAUUACAGAUAUUAGCCCUUUUGCAAACAUUCUUUAUGUACUUGGACAAAGACAAUAAAACAAAAUAUUAAUAUCUUA